AUGAGGAUCAAUGAAGGGCCAAUUAAUGAAGAGGUUGAUAAUGCAGUUGUUGCAAUCCAUCAACCGCGACUGUUUUCUCGCAGCCUUGUAGAGGAAAUAUUGUUGCAUUUUAUCAAGAUUGAUUUGGGGUCGAAGUCGGCUGGCGUCACCACACUUUCUGAGGUGUCAUGGAUUUCACCAGGCAUUUUGCUUUAUCAUCCAUCAGUUUUCAUCGGUUUAGAGGUUUAG